GUGUACGCUGCAUAAGGCGCAGCACAAAAAAAGUACGGAACUUCACCGAAAAAGUACGGAACUUUCAGCGAGAGGCCGCGGCCGCUUUUGUGCAAAAUAUCUACGGAACGGACUGAAAAAUAGCCAAAAAUACGUGAAUAGAGUGUCCCUCCCGCCGGUCCGUAUGUCGAAUUUACAGCGCGUAAUGAUGAAAUCAAAGUUACCUCCAAUGUGCCCGAAUCCCCGUUUCCCGAAACCGAGUGACCGCGGAUAUCGGCGCCAGACCGACUACAACCCGCUGAUGUGGGAUGCUUUCUUCGCACAGAAACAGGACGUCGAAACCGGCCAAGGGAAAUUCCGGGUGUAUCUGUCCAGCGCCACCACCGAGAUCGGUGCACCGCUGCUCGUCCUGCUGCACGGCGGUGGCUUUUCCGCCCUCUCUUGGGCUCUGUUCAGUAGCGAAAUUACAAAACUGAUUCACUGCCAGUGUCUGGCGAUCGAUAUCCGCGGGCAUGGAGAUACCUACACGGUGGAGGAAGACGAUCUCUCAUCCGAUCGAUUGGCAACAGACGUCGGCGAAGUGAUUAAAUCCAUGUACGGCGACUCGCCACCACCGAUAAUCUUGAUGGGACACUCGAUGGGUGGUGCGAUAUGUGUGCAUGCGGCCAACAUGUACGCCCUGCCGUCCCUCAUCGGCAUGGUCGUGAUCGAUGUGGUCGAAGGAACGGCACUCGAGGCGUUGGCCAGCAUGCAAAGCUUCCUUCGUUCCCGCCCAACUACCUUCAAGAGCAUCCAGCAUGCCAUCGAGUGGUGCGUACGCAGUGGCCAGGUUCGAAACGUCGACUCGGCACGCGUUUCCAUGCCGGGACAGAUCAUAAACAUCGAAACGAAACAGUUGGCCACGAACGAGUUGCCACUGCCGGAGGAGCAAACCGUCAGUGAAAAGCCUGAUUUUAAGCACCCGAUGGCCAUCGCCGAAGAUGCCGAAACAACACAAACCCCCACCACACCGACCGAGGAAGAGGCGCACUCGGUGCUCUCCCCACCUUCUCCCCCAAAGGGCAGUGCCGGUGCCGGUGCCGUUAACCUGCGAAAGUACGCGUGGCGUAUCGAUCUGUCCAAGUCGGAAAAGUACUGGGAAGGGUGGUUCUCGGGGUUGAGUCAAAAGUUUCUCGACGUGCACGUACCGAAGCUGCUGCUGCUGGCCGGUAUCGACAAUCUCGAUCGGGCGCUUACGGUCGGGCAGAUGCAGGGUAAAUUUCAGCUGCAGGUGCUGGCUCGCUGUGGACACGCGGUGCACGAGGAUCGACCGCACGAGGUGGCGGAAGUUAUAGCGACGUACUUGAUAAGAAAUCGAUUCGCUCAAGCGACCGGUGAUGGGCAGUUCCUGAAGCAUAUGCCAGCUUGCUAAAGGGCGUUCGCUAUAAGAAGUGAUUGUGAUGGAAAACACAUUUUGUAUUUUAGUUAAAAUAUGCCCUCUUCUGUACACAUUUCGCGUAGGAAUAAAUCCCAUUUUU